AUGAGGGCCACCGCUCUGCUGUCCCUCCUUCCCCUCACGUCCGCCAAAGUCCUCUGGGACGGCCGCUUCAAUGACCUCUCCUCCUCCUCGGACCUCAACAAGUGGUCUUGGGCCAACCAGGUCGGUCCCUAUCAGUAUUAUAUCCACGGCUCCGGCGACGUGACCAAGUACGUCAACCUGUCGCCCUCGUACAAGAAUCCCAACGACACGGCCUCGAAGCAAGGCGUCAAGAUCACGCUUGACAGCACGGCAUACUGGAACGGUCAGAACAUGCGCCGCACUGAGCUCAUCCCGCAAACCAAGGCCGCUAUUGGGUCCGGCAAGGUGUGGUACCACUUCAGCAUCUCGCGCAAGGACGUCAACGCGCCGAGCGUCUUCCGGGAGCACCAGAUCGCCUUCUUCGAGAGCCACUUCACCGAGCUCAAAAGCGGGUGGAUCAGCGGCGAGCAGGGUACUAGCAACAACAACCUGCAGUUCAUGGUCCAGGGCAAGAGCCUGUGGAAGACGGAGUGGAAGCCGGAUGUGUGGCACAACGUCGCCUAUGAGAUUAACUUCUCUAGCGGAGCCGUUAGCUUCUGGCACUCUGAGGGCGGCGCGCCCCUGCAGCAGGUUGUAGCCCCGGUCUCUGCUCCGACUUCGUCCAACGGUCAGGACUGGCAUCUGGGCGUUCUCGAGCUGCCUCGCAGCGGCUAUGCCGACGCCAACGAGGACUUUUACUUCUCCGGUGUCUACAUCGAGGACGGCGCCAUCACCACUUCCGUCACUGGACCUGGUAGGUCCCCAUGA